AUGAAAAAGAUGCUGGCUUGGGCGAAAUAUUCUUUCUUAUUUAUAUCUUUCAUAUUAUUUACCUAUAAACAAUCGUCUUUCGUUGAUGGUGCUGCUUGUAAAGGAUGUGCACCACCAUGUAUAUGUCCCGGUACCAAAGGUGAAAAGGGUGUUCCAGGAUUUUCUGGAGAACGAGGAUAUCCAGGAUCACCAGGUGAAUCUGGUCCUGAAGGUCCAAUGGGAUCACCAGGAAUGGUAGGAUCUGAAGGUGAUUUUGGUGAUAUGGGACCAAAAGGUGUUAGAGGUGAUAGAGGAUUACCAGGAGCACCUGGACAUCCAGGAUUACCAGGAUUUGAUGGAAUUAUUGGACAAAAAGGAGAACAAGGUAUUCCAGGUUGUAAUGGUACCGAUGGUAUUCCAGGUUUUCCUGGAUUAAUUGGUUCACCAGGACCACGUGGACCCUUAGGAGAACCUGGAAGACCUGGAUUUCCAGGUAUACCAGGUGAAGGUGGUGUAAAUUCAGUUGGUAGAAAAGGAGAAAGUGGUACACCAGGUAUUCCAGGAGAAUCAGGAAGACCAGGUAUUCCAGGAUUACCAGGAUUAAAAGGUUCAAAAGGAGAAAUGGGAAAUUAUGGACCACCAGGAUUUCCAGGACCAAGAGGAGAAAAAGGAAAAAUGGGUGCUAGAACACCAGGUAGAAAAGGAGAAAAAGGAGCUAUGGGUCCACCAGGACCACCUGGAGAAUCUGGUGAAUUUGCUGCUGGAAGUCAACCAGAAGAAACUGAAGUUGUUCAAGGUCCACCAGGAAUUUCUGGAAUAAAAGGAGAAAAAGGUAGAGAUGGUCCUACUGGACCACCAGGAAAUCCAGGAUUUGAUGGACCACCAGGUUAUCCAGGUCUUAAAGGACAAAAAGGAGAUCCAGGUGAUAUGGGAAGUAGAGGAAAAAGAGGUAAAGAAGGCAUUAGAGGACUUCCAGGUUCCAAAGGAGAAAUUGGAUCACCUGGUAUUCCAGGAUUAGAUGGAUGGCCAGGACAAAAAGGUAGUGCUGGAGAACCAGGAUAUCCAGGUCGUCAAGGUCCAGAAGGAGAUAUGGGUCCACAAGGAGAAUUAGGUAUUGGAAAAGGAUUACCAGGAGCUAGAGGUGUACAAGGACUUGAUGGUUUACCAGGUUUUAAAGGAGAAACAGGAAAUGAUGGAACUCCAGGACCAGUAGGUCCAAGAGGACCAGUUGGUGAACCAGGACCACCAGGAAUACCUGGAGAAAUGGGACUACCAGGAUAUUCUGAAAAAGGAGAUCGAGGUGAUGAUGGAUUCCCAGGAUAUGCUGGACAACCAGGACAACCAGGAGAUUGUGGAUAUCCAGGAUUACCAGGAGAAAUGGGAUUACCUGGUUUUGAUAUUCAAGGACCACCAGGAAGAGAUGGAUUGCCAGGAGUUGAUGGUUUCAUGGGUAUUCCAGGAGAAAUUGGUGAUCCAGGUUUCCCAGGUCAAAAAGGAUUCCCAGGAACAGGUGUUAAGAAGACAGGACCACAAGGUUUGCCAGGUUUACCAGGAGUUCCAGGAACUCCUGGAAGAAUAGGAACACCAGGAAACCCAGGUGUAACAGGAUCAAAAGGACAACGUGGUGAUGAUUGUGGAUAUUGUCCAGAUGGUACACCUGGAGAAAAAGGAGAUGCUGGUUACCCAGGUGUAGAUGGAUAUCCUGGACCUCCAGGACCAGAUGGUCCAAUUGGAUUACCAGGACGUAAAGGAGAAUCUGGAACACCAGGAAGACCAGGAUUGGAUGGAAUGCCAGGUAGUGAAGGUCUUCCAGGAUUACCAGGUUUACCAGGUUUGAAAGGAGAAGCCGGAGAUAUCAUUGGACCUAUUGAAAAUCCAAUUGGUCUUCCAGGACCAAAAGGAGAACGUGGACCACCAGGUUAUCCAGGAAUUCCAGGACCAGAAGGUUUAGAAGGACAACCUGGUUUACCAGGAUUACCUGGAGCUGAUGGAAUGGUAGGAGAAAAAGGAUUACCAGGAAUUCCAGGUAAAAAAGGACGUGAUGGAUUCCCAGGAUUAGCAGGUGCUGAAGGUGAGAUUGGUGAUUCUAUUCCUGGAGCUCCAGGAUUACCCGGUUUACCAGGUGAAAAAGGAGAUGCAGGUAGACCAGGAUUACCAGGACCACAAGGUUUACCAGGAUUACCAUUUAUGGGCCAAGUUCGUGGCAGAGAUGGUGAACCUGGAAGACCAGGUUUCCCUGGAAUGAAAGGAGAAAUGGGUGCACAAGGUUUACCUGGUUACAAUGGAAGAGAUGGAGAACCAGGUGAAUGUGGUGAAUCAGGAAUGGAUGGUAUGCCAGGAAUGCCUGGAUUUCCAGGAGAAAAAGGACAUGACGGUUUUCCAGGUCUUCCUGGAGAUAAAGGAUUCCCAGGCCCACCAGGAUUUUCACAACCUGGAAUUAUUGGAGCACCAGGACCAAAAGGAGAACGCGGAACAGAUGGUCUACCAGGUUCAGAUGGUUAUCCAGGACCUCAAGGUCCACCUGGAGAACCAGGAUUUGAUGGAUUACCUGGAAAAGAAGGUUUCCCUGGAUUACCUGGAGAACAUGGAUUACCAGGAAAAAGAGGUGAAAAAGGAUUGGCCGGAAUACCAGGAAAAAGAGGACGUGAUGGAGAAAGAGGAAAUGAUGGUUGGCCAGGACUACCAGGAGCUGAGGGAGUACCAGGAGUUGAAGGUGAAUGUGGUCCUGCUGGAGAACCAGGUUUUCCAGGAGCACCAGGAUUACCAGGUGAUAAUGGAUAUCCUGGACCAGAUGGAUUACAAGGACCAAUUGGAGAACCAGGAGUUGAAGGUUUACCUGGACUACCUGGAGAACAAGGAGAGGAUGGAUUCCCAGGUAGACCAGGAAAAAUUGGAGUUCCAGGUUUACCAGGAGAGCCAGGUGACAAUGGAGCUGAUGGAAUUCCAGGAGAACGUGGUAAUCCCGGAUUACCUGGACUUCCAGGUAUUCCUGGAGAUACAGGUUACCCAGGUGCUGAAGGUUUAGAAGGUCAACGUGGUCUUGAUGGAUUACCAGGAUACCCAGGAGAAAUCGGUGAACCUGGAUUGAGUAUUCCAGGACCUCGCGGUGAAAAAGGAAUUCAAGGAGAUCCUGGUUUCGAUGGUUUAGAUGGACUUCCAGGUUUACCAGGAUUGCCAGGAAAUAUAGGAAUACCUGGACCAGUUGGACCACCAGGAAAUGAAGGUUUACCAGGAUUUAGAGGAAAAGAUGGAAUACCUGGAUUAUCUGGUAGAAAGGGUGAAAAGGGAGAAAUUGGAUUCCCAGGACUACCAGGUUUACCAGGACCUCAAGGAUAUCCUGGAUUAGAAGGAGAAAAAGGAUACAAAGGAUUGAAAGGAGAUGAUGGAUUACCUGGAAUACCUGGAUUUGAUGGAAAACCAGGUGAAGAAGGCGAAUGUGGAGAUUCAGGAGAAGAUGGAUUACCAGGAGUUCCUGGAUAUACAGGAGAGCCAGGAGUAAGUGGUAUUCCAGGAAAAAAAGGACGUGAUGGUACUCCAGGAUUACCUGGAGAACGUGGUGUUGAUGGAUUCCCAGGAUUACCAGGUGAUGACUCUAUUUCUCCACCAGGAGAAUCAGGUUACCCUGGACCACCAGGACUUGAUGGAUUACAAGGACCACCAGGAAUACCAGGUGAACGUGGUGAUGAUGGAUUACCAGGUCUUCCAGGAGCAGAUGGAAUGCCAGGAGAUGAUGGUUUACCAGGUUAUUUAGGAGAAAAAGGAUUACCAGGAAUACCAGGUAAAAAUGGUAGAGAUGGAAAUCAAGGUUUACCUGGCCUUCCAGGAAAUGAUGGAUUACCAGGACAACGUGGUGAAGAUGGAACUCCAGGAUAUCCAGGUGUUCCAGGAGAACCAGGAAAAGAUGGAUUACCUGGAUAUCCAGGUGAAGUUGGUCCAUAUGGAAUACAAGGAAUGAGAGGAGAUAUUGGUCCAAAAGGAGAACGUGGAGAUGAUGGUUUACCAGGAAUGCCUGGUAAAGAUGGUAGAGAUGGAUUACCUGGAUUACCAGGUAUGCCUGGUCAACCUGCAGCAUAUGAUGUUAGAGUUCAUUCACCUCAAGGUCCACCUGGAAAUCCAGGUUAUCCAGGAGAAAAAGGUUAUCCAGGAUUACCAGGAAACACAGGUUUACCAGGACCACCAGGUUUAGCUGGAUUACCAGGUAGUAGAGGAAUUCCAGGAAAUGAUGGUAUACCAGGAAUACCAGGACUUCGAGGAGAAAGUGGAGAUCGUGGUGUUCCAGGUGAAAUGGGAAGACAAGGAAAACCAGGAAGCCCAGGAUAUAGUGGUCCACCAGGUCAAAGAGGAAGACCUGCUGGUUCUAGAGGAUUUACUUUUACAAGACAUUCACAAUCAACACAAGUACCUAAAUGUCCACCUGGUGCAACUAAAUUAUGGGAAGGUUAUUCUUUAUUAUAUCUUCAAGGAAAUGGAAGACCAUCAGGACAAGAUUUAGGAUCACCAGGAUCAUGUUUACAAAAAUUCAGCACAAUUCCAUUUAUGUUUUGUAAUGUUAAUAAUGUUUGUCAUUAUAGUUCAAGAAAUGACUACUCUUUCUGGUUAUCUACAGGACAUCCAAUGACAAAGAUGAUGAAUCCAGUGACAGGAUCUGCUAUACAACCAUUUAUUUCACGUUGUGCUGUUUGUGAAAUACCAACACAAAUAAUUGCAGUUCACUCUCAAGAUCGUACAAUUCCAGAAUGUCCAAGAGGAUGGUCUAGUUAUUAUCAAGGAUAUUCAUUUGUUAUGCAUACAGGUGCUGGAGCAGUUGGUACUGGACAAAAACUUGAAUCACCAGGAUCGUGUUUAGAAGAAUUUAAUGCAGUUCCAUUUAUUGAAUGUCAUGGUAAAGGAACUUGUAAUUAUUAUGCUACAAAUCACGGUUUUUGGUUAUCUAUUAUAUCUCCAAAUAAUGAAUUUAGAAAACCAAUGCCUCAAACACUUAAAGCAGGAGGUUUAAAAGAUGGUGUAUCAAGAUGUAGAGUAUGUAUUAAAAAUAGUCCAUUUUAA